GAACCUCCACACUCUGGAGACUUAGUAUAUUAGCACCGCUACCAGGAAUUAGCCUCUCAGAUCUGUGCCUGUCUCCAAUCAGGCUGAAAAACGUCUCCUAAGGUCAGCUCUCUCCUGGAAUCUGAAGUCUCCUCUAUCUUUUGAGUCAGCCUGAGAGGGACGGCAGAACUACUGUAUGGGCUCUGUUGCCAGUGUGGCCUCACCGUCUACAGUUCCCCCUCCUCGGUGCAAGCUAUGAGUUCCUGCAACUUCACACAUGCCACCUUUGUACUUAUUGGAAUCCCAGGACUAGAGGAAGCCCAUUUCUGGUUUGGCUUUCCCCUUCUUUCAAUGUAUGUUGUAGCAUUGUUUGGAAACUGCAUCGUGGUCUUCAUUGUGAGGACAGAGCGAAGCCUGCAUGAACCCAUGUACCUCUUUCUCUGCAUGCUGGCAGCCAUUGACCUGGCCUUGUCCACAUCUACCAUGCCCAAAAUCCUCGCCCUCUUCUGGUUUGACUCCCGGGAGAUUACUUUUGAUGCCUGUCUUGCCCAGAUGUUUUUUAUUCAUGCUCUGUCAGCCAUUGAAUCCACUAUCCUUCUGGCCAUGGCCUUUGACCGAUAUGUGGCCAUCUGCCACCCUUUGCGCCAUGCUGCCGUACUCAACAACACAGUAACAGCCCAGAUUGGCAUGGUCGCUGUGGUCCGUGGAUCACUCUUCUUUUUCCCACUGCCACUGCUCAUCAAGCGACUGGCCUUCUGCCACUCCAACGUGCUCUCACACUCUUAUUGUGUGCACCAGGACGUGAUGAAGUUGGCCUAUGCUGACACACUGCCCAAUGUAGUCUACGGUCUUACUGCCAUUCUGCUGGUCAUGGGCAUGGAUGUCAUGUUCAUUUCCUUGUCCUAUUUUCUGAUUAUACGAACAGUUCUGCAACUACCUUCUAAGUCAGAGCGGGCCAAGGCUUUUGGGACCUGUGUGUCACACAUUGGUGUGGUCCUGGCCUUCUAUGUGCCACUCAUUGGCCUCUCGGUGGUGCACCGCUUUGGAAACAGCCUAGACCCCAUUGUUCAUGUUCUUAUGGGAGAUGUCUACCUACUGCUGCCUCCUGUGAUCAAUCCCAUCAUCUAUGGUGCCAAGACCAAACAGAUCAGAACACGGGUGCUGGCUAUGUUCAAGAUCAGCUGUGACAAGGACAUUGAGGCUGUGGGACACAGGUGACCCUUACUAUUCCACAUCCCCUUAUCCUGGCUGACUUGAUAAAAUUAUUUCCUAAAACUGGCUUAAUUCCAGUUGUCCAUAGCAUAUCAAUGCUUUUCCCUGGCUGGAAACAUGAACCAAAUUAUGGUCCCUCCAUUUCAUGGAAUAUUAUGUAAAAUAAUCCAUAUUAAUGGAAUAUUAUGUUAUUUAAACACUGAUAUAAAAUGAAAGAUGUUUCUAAUAUUAA